CUGAUGUCCCGGCGCAUUUACGGCCCCAUCUGGAAGUCCACCUUCGGGCAUUACGAGAACAUCAACAUCGGGAGCCCGGUGGUGCUGGAGCAACUGCUGCGGCAGGAGGGCAAGUACCCCAUGCGAAGCGACAUGGCCCUGUGGAAGGAGCACCGGGACACCCGGCAGCUGCCCUACGGACCCUUCACCGAGGACGUGGCCAACCUGCUCUACCGCUUUGCGCUGGAAGGGAUCUCCUAUAUCCUCUUCGAGACCCGCAUUGGGUGCCUGAAGCAGCAGGUCCCUGCUGAGACCCAGCGCUUCAUCGACUCCAUCAACCUCAUGUUCAAGAACUCAGUUUUCGCCACCGUCCUGCCUCGAUGGAGCCGCAAGGUGCUGCCCUUCUGGGACCGCUACCUGGACAGUUGGGACACCAUCUUUUCUGCAGGCAAGACCCUGAUUGACCGAAAGAUGGAGGAGUUGGAGGGGCAGGUGGAGCGGGGCAAGGAGGUGUCCGGCUACCUGAGCUACCUGCUGGCCAGCGGCAGGCUCAGCCUGGACGAGACCUCCAACACUCUGUCCUGGGCCCUGUACCACCUCUCCCGGGACCCGGCCAUCCAGGAGGCCCUGUACCAGGAGCUGAAAGCUGUCGUGCCUGCCGACCGGUUUCCUGGUGCUGAGGAUAUCCCCAAGAUGCCGAUGCUUCGGGCCGUCAUCAAGGAGACACUGAGGGUCUAUCCUGUGGUGCCCACCAACGCCAGGGUCUUCUAUGAGAAGGACAUUGUCAUCGGAGACUACCUCUUCCCCAAGAACACCCUCUUUGUCCUGGCACACUACGCAAUGUCCCACGAUGAGACCUACUUCCCUGAGCCUGAGCGUUUCCUGCCCCAGCGCUGGCUCCGGGGCCACGGCUCCCCCCACCACCCCUUCAGCUCCAUCCCCUUUGGCUACGGGUUCCGUGCCUGUGUCGGCCGCCGCAUCGCCGAGUUAGAGAUGCAUCUGGCCCUCGCCAGGAUCAUCCAGGCGUUUGAGGUGCGUCCGGACCCUCGUGGCGUGGAGGUGAUGUCCGUGUCCCGCAUCGUCCUGGUGGCCGACAAGCCCAUCAACCUGGAGUUC